GUCCUCCCUUCCUUUGCAAGCAAAAAUCCAGCUGCAAUUGGAUUCCUGAGAUAACAGGAGACCUUUGCUUGGCCCUCCUCCUUCCUCCCAUAGCUCCGCCUCCACAGGCGGACGUCGAUCUCCCAUCGGAGCUCCGAUUUGUAUUACCAAGAGUUUUUGGACUUAUUGGAAGUUAUUGGGAUUUGCGAUGAGGAAGAGGGAGAGAGAAAACCCCUGCGGCGUUUGCGGUCACUACCACCGGUACGAGGAGGGGGAGGUUUGUGGAAUCUGCGGCCAUCGGAUGCCGGCGUCGGACGAUAAGACAAUCCAGUACGCGAGCGCUUUUCCGACGGAGAUUUUGAAGGAUUUUCUCUAUCUUGGGAGCUACGACAACGCAUCAAGAGGGGAGUUGUUGAAGACUCUGGGGAUCUCCCGCAUUCUUAAUACUGUUCCUUCUUGUCAAAAUUUGUACAAGAAUUCUUUCACUUAUUACUGCCUCCCAGAUGACAAGAAUCUACAGUUCGAUGAUGCAAACCAAUUUUUAGAGCAGUGCGAAAAGGACAAGGCUCGUGUUCUUGUACACUGCAUGUCAGGAAAAAAUAGAUCACCAGCUAUUGUUAUAGCCUAUUUGAUGAGAUCUAGAGGUUGGCGUUUCCCACAAAGUUUUCAAUGGGUGAAAGAUCAUAGGCAACAGGUUGAGCUGACUCCAGUUGUUCGAGAGCAAUUACUCGAAUUUGAAAAGCGACUGUUUGGUUCCAAUGAAAUCGCGGCAUCAUCAGCUUCUCAAAUGCCCGUUUAUGCUUCUCCUUUCGCUUUCAAUCUAGGGUUUCCCAAAGCUACUGGAACCGCCCCAAUUCCAGUCUUCAACCAAUCGACAACCUCCUCGAUCUUCCAACGCGUUGACACGAAUAUUGUGCCCGGCGCUUUCGUGUUCGGUGCAGGAAGAAUGACUGAGCAGAGAAUCAUGGAGAGCAGCGCAUUCAAUGCAGUUCCGCCCACCGGGGCGGAAACCCCCAUGGAUAGCUCUUGAACAGCUUCAGACUAUCAGGUUUGUUACCAUACUUUGAAUUAUAUGACCUCAUGAAUGGAGUUUAUGUAGUCCCAAUAUGCUUAUCAUGGGGUUGAAGGGGAGCUGAUGAUCCCUUCUGUUGUUAAGGUUGGUGGGGGGUGGUGAUGCAAAAAAUUGUAUUUUGCUUUGCAUUUUCGCUCUUUCUGGAAGUAAAAUAUUUGAUAAUUUGAACAAAAACAGCAAAAUUCUG